GAUGUCCCCAAUUGCUGUCGGAAAUCACAGAGAAACAGUUAAAGAUAUGGUCCUGGCUGAUUAUCAAGUACCAAAAGGAACUAACAUCAUCAUGCCCCUCCUAAUGCUGAGUAACUUGGAACAGUAUUGCCCAGAAGCGGAGAAAUUCAUCCCAGAGCGGUGGCUGAAGACUGAACCGGAGCACAGCAAGAGAACGCACCCUUUCGUGACAAUGCCUUUCGGGUUCGGACCAAGAAUGUGCUUAGGCCGCAGAUUCGCUGAGCUGGAGAUAGAAACAUUAGUGACGAAGAUUAUCCGCAACUUUAUUGUUGAGUACAACCAUGAAAUGAAGUUCGAGAGUAAACUGCUCCGGAUACCUGUUUCACCACUAAAGUUCAAAAUGAUUGACAGGGAAUAAUUAAAUAUUUCUGUUGAUUUAUUCACGUCUACGUUCACAGAGAUGAAAAAUUCCAUUCCAUAUAUUAGAACCAUCUAUGUCAAGAAAAUAUAAUAAGCAGACCAGUUCAUUCAGAGAUAAAAACACGUCAUAUGAAUACAAACAGAGGAAAUGGCAGCUCAGCGCAUCUCCUUGUGACAACUGCAGUUAAAAAUAAUCAAAUGGGAUUAGGAUAUGUAUAAUUAACAAUUGAACUGAUGAGUAUGGGCGAAUUGUUGCUUUUACUUCAUGUAUAUCCACUUACAUCUCUUAUAUUUUAUAUCUAUUCUUACACAAACAUGAGUUGAAACGGCAUCUAACAAUGGAUCAGAAAUGCAAAUCACAUGUGCCAGUGAACAGUGUAUAGACUUAAUAUUAUAUACAGGCAUUCUGUUACACUGACGUUCCAUUUACAGUCUAUGAAAUUUUCAGUCUAUAAUGCUACAAUCUAUAAAAUUGAUUAACACUUCAAUAUCGGACAGCGAUUAUCAUGUGCAUAUUUUGUGAUACUAUAUAAUAGUGUUAAUAUAUUAAAAUAUUAAUGAAAUGAAACGAAAGUAAUAAAAGGAAUUACAUACAAUUA